AUGGAAAAUAUUAGGGCCGUCUUCUUCAAGCCUGAUCCUCAAGCACAAGUUCGAAAAUGUAAUCAACUUAUCCGCCAGAAUACUCGCAAGCUCGACCGCGAUAUUACUGCAAUGAAGGUUGCUGAGAACAAGGCUAAAUCAUUGAUCAUACAAGCUAAUCGCCGAGCUCAACGUAACCCCGCCCAAGCCAAGCAAGCUCAAAAAGAUAUCCGGAUUUUUGCUCGAGAGCUUAUUCGCACGCGGAAGCAGGCAUCGAGAUUAGCUACUUCAAAAGCUCAACUAAGCAGUGUCUCAAUGCAGGUCAGUGAAGCAUUUGCUGUUCGCAAAAUAGACGGCAGUAUCCGAAGCAGUAUUGGAAUCAUGAAAGACAUAAAUAGCCUUGUUAGACUUCCAGAAUUUACCGGCACAAUGCAAGAACUAAGUCAAGAGCUGGUCAAGGCCGGGAUCAUCGAGGAAAUGAUUGGAGAUAGUCUACCUGAAACUUUUGAAGAAGACGAAGAAGAGGUAGAGACUGAAGUUGACAAAGUACUCGGUGAGAUUCUGGCCGAUAAAAUUAAGGUUGUCCCUUCGCCAGAGCUGCCUGUACCAGCAAAACCACAGGCUACAGCAGAAGAAGACGAAGAAGAGGACACGGAGGCAAUGUUAGAUCAAAUGCGUGGGAGGUUAGAGGCUCUGAAGAGUUAA